AUGUCUACCACCGAGAUCAAAGACGAUUAUAAUAUUCAGGAUGCAUGGAAUAGGGCAUGUGGAGCAUUCGCGCAGACAGCUAAGGCUGAUCUUACCGCAUCUCCCAAAUUCACCGUGGAUGAAGUCCUGGAUCAGAUUCGGUCAAAACAGGAUGCGGAUGAUGAGAAAAAUGCCAAAUAUAAGGUUGCAAAAGACGCGAUCUCGAAGACCCUGACUUUCAUCACCCUACUGGGUGGUAUAGCCGCUCAAGGCGCUAGCAUGGUUUUUGCGCCCAGCAGUCUUUGCUUCAAUGCCAUUUCCUAUCUCAUAUCUGCGGGAACAAAGUAUAAGCGCAUCUUCAGCAGUUUGGCAGAGCUCUUCCGGAGGAUCUCCGAUGUAUUAGAGCGAUGCAAGAUCUACAUGCGUCUCCCUGCCGAUGCAGUUGACAUUUCCCUGCGUAAGAUCAUCAACGAGGAGCUGGUCUGCUUUGUUGAUAUCUGCGCUCUGUCAAUCAAAGUGCUUAAUGGGCACAAGAUUAUUACUGCCCUGAAAGUGUUUGCUUUUGACAGUGAUGAAGGUGUUAGUGGCCAGCUUGGCCGUCUAGCUUCACUGGUCGAGCGUGAGUCUCAAAUGCGCGCGACCUUGGGAUUCGAGUCACAGAAGACUAGCGAGAGAGUCAUUAUGGAAACUCGUGAUGGCACCAAGAAAGUCACUGCGUCUGUUGACAAGCUUCUCACUUUCGAGAAGAAGAGGGAUGCCGAUACCCUCGCACAGCGGCUUCUGGCUACCAUUGAUUCGAAUCUCGAUAUGCCCAGUGAGACUUUCAAGGAAACUCAGGCAAUUUAUAAGCGUUACCUGAACGACCAAGUUCCAGGUAGUGGAGAGUGGCUUCAAAAUGACUCUCAAUACACAGGAUGGGUGAAUUCUGCUCAAUCGGGAUGCUCGAUUUUGGGAAUUGCCGGGGAUGAGGGUUACGGAAAGUCAUUCCUCUUCUCAACUAUUGUCAAGAACCUGCAAGGAGCAGAGACCGAGACCGGAGAGGAUAUGUCACGUACCUCUGCCGCCUAUUAUAUUUUCGAUCCAGAGAAGAAAGAUCCAUCUUUGGUCAAGGCACUUAAGGUCCUUGCAUGGCAGAUUGCUAAAUUCGACAUGAUUUUCCGAAAGGAUCUGGCGUCUGUAAAGACAGAGGGAGUCAACCAAAUCGGUGCUCUAUGUGAUCAACUAUUCGGCAAAUCAUAUAACAGCGACUCAACAUUCUUUCUCUGGCUGGAUGGCAUUGACCAGCUGGAGAAGCAACACCUGAAGGAGUUUUUGGAAGUCUUGGGAGAAUGGCAGGAAAAGGCCACGACAUGGCCUCGAUUUUCUUUGCGAAUCCUCAUAACUGGACGAACUGAAACGAUGGAUCGCAUCAAGACUGUUCUUGGAGAGGGUAUCUCAGUUAUUGAUGUGGCAUCCAAGAACCAGGAUGACAUGAUCAAAUUCAUCAACAGUCGGAUGGAUAAAAUGGAGAACUUGAGUGGAUCAUCUGAACAGGUAGUCGCUCUUCGCAGCGAGAUCCUUGAAUCACUCAUCGAAGGGACGAAUGGUGAUUUUGUCAAUGUUGGUCUUCUCCUGGACGAGAUCAGUAGCAAGCAGCGUCCCGGUGAGAUCCGCGAUGUUUUGUCACGGUCGGGAGAAAACCGAUCUGACACAAUUGUCCGCAAAAUCGAAUAUCUCAACGAAACACUCAGUGAUGAGGAUAUCUCCGACCUGAAUGAUUUACUCACCUGGGUUGUUUUUGCACUUCGUCCACUUACUCUAGAAGAGCUCGAGGCAGUUCUGUUCUUGAAAUCUCGCGAGUCUUCUCUCCGACCACUAGGUCAAAAGAUCAGAGAUCAGUAUUCUUCUAUAUUCCGCAUCGCUGCCACAAGUGUCUAUCUUGUCUCUGACUCCAUCGCAGAUUUCUUGCGUGAAAAGUCAGAUCCAGAAGAAAAUGACAAUUGGGACGAGACUGGUGAUGUGAGCGAAACGGAGGUCCGAAUCGUCAGUCGAUUCUUGGAAUCUGUAUGUGACGAGAAGCUUUUCAAGAAGUUCGGAUUUGAUGAAUUCUUCCAACGAAAGUUAAAGGGAAGGGCUGUUCGAGUUGGUGUGGAUUCCGAAACUGCACAUCUUACAAUAGUGUCAGCAUGUCUCGAGGUCAUCUGCACCAAGGAUUCGCCUAACCUGGACCCUCUCCUCCCAUAUGCAGUUUUGAAUUUUGGCGAACAUCUUGAGCUAGUCGAUCCCUCUUUGACACUUCCACGCCACAAAAUCGCUCUUGGUCCACAGCUGGUGAAGACUUUCGCUGACCCUGAGAUUAUUGACCGCUGGUGGGCACUGACCGGGCCGUGGAUGCGAGCUCAGUGGAUCUAUCAGGAUCAAUAUCCCGAUAUUCUACUCAGAUGGCUGCAGGACUCUGCUGUCACUAAGAAGAUUUCAGAGGAUCAGCGAGACUGGAUCAAAAGUCUGAGUUCCAAGUCAGACCUCGACGCAGAUAUCAUGGAGCAUGUUGUGACAGUCCUGGCUCGCAGGUGGCUCCAGGGAGGAGUGGAAGAUAUUGCAUACAUGUUUGAUGCAAUUCAUGGAUAUACGACAAAGAUUGAGAAUCGAAAGGACUCAGCUGUCGAACGGCAAACCAGCGACCCUGACGCAGUGGUUGUUGAGGCCUCCCAAAUUUUGGACGCUGCGAAUUGGGCUCAGAAGCGAUUCGGACUCGAAGCAUUGGGAUAUGAAGAAAGCCGAAAUAUUGCACGAACACUCCGAGAUUAUGGCAAGUAUCCCGAGGCCAUCGAGCAAUUCAAGCACACAUCAACUCUUUCGGAGCAGAAUUGGUUCUCACAAUGGGGACUGUCUCAGUGCUAUGUCGCUCAAAAGGAAUACGACGUUGCCAUCGAGAUCAUCGAAGCCACAAAGAAAGCAAUCGAAAGUGGAGAGAUGGGGGAGUACGAUGGAUUUGAGAGUGUGUUGCUUGAUAUGAAUAACGAUCUGGCCACAUUAAACAACGAGACGGGCCGAAGUGAAGUGGCCAUGGAGAUAUAUGAGAAACGACUCCGGGAGGUGCCGCUCGACCACCCCACAGCUCUUAAUCUCAUUGUCUUGCUAUCGAAAGAGGGUCGAUUCGAUAAACUAUUUGAAUUCCUCCAGUCCCUAGCUGAGUCCAUGGACGAGGACAGUGGCUACCACGCCCGCAUCCAGAAUUUCCACGUACAUUACAAUGAAGAUGAGUAUCACGAGGCUCUCUCUGCCUCGGUAUCCGGCGAGGAGCAGUUUGAGGUCAUUCUCAAAUACUACGAGGAAGCUCUGGCUGCCGCCAAGGGACAGUUCGCCAAGCAGAUCAAAUCCGGCAAUGUUGUCUUGGAAUGGGCAUUCCAGCUCUGUCAGAUCGAGCUUAUGCACCGCAUGGCACUUUUGUGUCGCAAACACGGCGCGAAUAACCCCGACCGAUUGAAAUAUGCAAACGAUCAAUGGGUUCACAUUCUGGAGAUCAACGGCAGCAAUGACGAGUUUAUUGAAGCCAAGCGAAGAAUAGCUGCUUCCCAACUAGCGAUGUUCUACUUUGAAAAGGCUCAAAGUGAGCCCGCGACUGCCGCUGAAUCCAUCAAGCAACUUGAGUGGGUCUCAAAUACAAAGAGGGAGAACAAUGAUGGGGCGAUUAUUGGAGUUCAUCCAACAUGUCUCCUCGCUCGCUGGUAUGCGCUCCAAGGCGAGACUGAGAAGGUCAAGAAUCUCAUGCGCAGCAACAUCAAAGUCAGUCUGGACUUCUUCUUGGACGAUGAUCCUCUCAACGACUGGCAGGGAUAUAAUUCUCUGGCAAUGUAUUUGAUGUUUGCGGGCCAGGAUGAGGACGCGCUUGCUGCUUGGUCAUUGGUCACUCCUACUAGUGAUGUAGAUCCUGAAACGGAGACCACGGAGGAGUCUGAGAACGACAAGCCGGAACUCGAGGGGCCAUUGCCAGACAUUUGUGAUGGUGGUUGUGGCACGAACUGGACAUUUGCAGACGACUUUCAUGUGUGCAAGGUUUGCUGCUACCUUUCAUACGACCAAGCAUGCUUGGACAAGGUCCGCGAUGGGUCAUUAACAGUGGGCGCAUGUAACAAGAACCAUGAAAUGCUUCACGUUCCACCAUACGAUAAAGCUCGGAAUGAUAGCAUUGGUAUCGGAUCUGGCAAGGUUAAGGUCGGAGAGGAAAUCAUGUUGGUUGACGAUUGGCUCCAGCGGAUCCGCAAGGACUGGGACAUCAACACAGUUUGA